CCUAUGCCCCCACAUACAUGUCUUGUACCUCCUGUUCUUCAGAUUACAGUUUCAUAAGCGGUGGAUUUGCUGGAGAAUUGAGCUGUAAUAAUUUCCAAGAAUCUCCGUAUAGAUUAAGACUUGCUGAAAGUUUGGUAUUUGAAAGGGGAAGAUGACUCAUGUGGAUAGGAUAAGUGAUUUGCCUGAACCGCUCCUCUUGAGAAUACUAUCAAAACUGCCUACUGCUAAAGAUGUUGUGGCCACAAUGGUUUUUUCAAAACGAUGGGAGCAUCUUUGGAAGUCAGUGCCAAAGCUUGUAUACGACGAUAGUUGUGAGGAUAUUAUUGAUAAUGGAAGGUUUUCCCGCUUUGUGGACAGGUCUUUGAUUCUGCACGAGGCACCCGUAGAAACUUUGCAUUUCAAACUUACAGAAAAGUCUCUUGUUGUUGAUAUUGGAAUAUGGAUUAAAAUUGCUGUUAAAUGCCGCGUGCGUGACUUGAGUAUCGAGAUAGACUGUUCUUCCAUUAAAACUCCAGUUAUAAUUCCAAGGAGUUUAUAUAAAACAGGCUCUGGAAUGCUUGUUUCCUUGAAACUAAAGAGUGUGACUCUUAUGGAUGUUUCUACCAGCUUGCCUUCUUUCCCGACUCUUAAAACUUUGAGCCUUGUAUCUGUCAUGUACCCAGGUGAUGAGUUUGUCAGGAGGUUUUUGUCCAGUUGUCAUGUUCUUGAAGAUUUGGUUGUGGAACUAUGUCUCCAUGACAAUGUAACUAUUUUCACAAUCAAGGUUCCUUCUCUCAAGAGUGCAUCUUUGUAUAAACCAUCAAAAACAUCUGUAGAAGGUGAAGAUGGAUUUGUGAUAGAUGCUCCUUCUUUGGAAUACAUGGACAUAUUUUAUGAUGCUGUUGGGUUUUGUUUCAUUGAAGAUAUGCCUAAAAUUGUUAAGGCAGAUGUUGUCGCCUCUCAUAGUUCUCGCGGAGUGACUCUGACUUCUUUUACUUCAGCAAAGCAUCUCUUUCUAUGUUUACCGAACUCAAAGGAUGCAUACUCUGUUGGUACUGUCUUCCACCGUCUUGUACACUUGAGAAUAUGCACAUGUGAGACAGAGUGGUUGAAUCUACUUAUGCGUUUGCUCAAUGAUUCCCCUAAUUUACGGUAUCUCAGACUUGAAAAGUGCCACAAGAUUGAUAGCACACGCCCCUGCUGGAAUGAGCCAAGCUCAGUUCCUGAAUGUCUGUCAUCGAGUCUUGAAACUCUUGAAUGGGUAGGAUAUGAAGGAAGAAAAGAAGAGAAAGAAGCAACAACAUUCAUACUAAGAAGCGGAAUCUGUUUGAAGAAAGUAACAAUUUCCUCUACAUCAACUGACUCCGGCAAGAAACUUGAGAUGCUCAAGGAAUUGUCCUUUUCCUUCAGGCGUUCACCUACAUGUCAGCUUGUAUUCGACUGAACUUGCUCUCAAUAGUCAAAGUUGGGUUGUGUUUGACCCCGUAUCUUAUAAGUGUUUUAAAAAAUGCUUAGAGCUUGUGUAUUCUCUAUCUAAAUUAUUUAGUUCGCAUGUUGGUCGAGUAACAGUUUCUACGAAUCAACUGCUCCUAGUGUUCAGUCUUUGGGGUUUAUGGUAUGGAUAUAGAAGUUUGUUGAAGUUAAUAGUUUUGGGACUGUAAGGAUUAAG